AUGGAACCGGGGACGGAUCCGGAGAUGGAACCGGGGAUGGCACCGGGGAUGGAUCUGGAGCUGGAACCGGGGAUGGCACCGGGGAUGGAUCUGGAGACGGAACCGGGGAUGGGGAAUCCGAAGAGGAUGAAGCUGAUGGAUCCGGGGAUGAGGACGGCGGGGACGAAGGAGAAAAGGAUGGGGAGUCGGAUGAAGCUGAAAAGGAGUGACGGCAAAAGGGGGAACCGGUAUAUCAUCUCGGCCAUGGACCAUUUCACUAAAUGGCCCGAGUGCAAGGCGGUGAAACGGGCGGACUCGGAGACCGCAGCUGCUUUUGUAGCAGAAAGGAUCAUCUCCACACACGGCUGCCCGCUGGUCAUCCAUACUGACAACGGCCAGCAUUUCCAUGGGGAAUUCGGGGUGCUGCUGGAAAAAUUCGGGAUUUAUCACGAAUUCUCUCGCCCAGAUCAUCCUCAGAGCUCGGGGCUCAUCGAGAGGUUCCAGCGGACUCUAAAGGGGGCAUUGAAUAGGCUGGGGGAGACCAAUCCAUUCGAGUGGGAUGAGGACAUCUGCUGGGUCCUGUUAGGGUACCGGGCCUCAAUCCAUGCAUCCACCAAAUUCUCCCCCUUCUAUUUGCUCUAUGGCCGCCACCCUAACAUCACUGGGAGCACCUUGACGGAAUGGGAGGUAAAGGAGCUGACGGAGCUGUCCACCGAGGAGGAAGCUGAUGCAGCAGCCCGGUAUAUCUAUGAUCGGUCCUCGGAGAUGGAGUUGGCCUUGGCCAAGGCAGCUGAGAAUCAUGGUAAGGCACAGGAGAAGCAGAAGGCCGACUUUGACAGGCGUCGGACCCUCCUGGAGCCGAUUCGAGUGGGGGAUUUCAUCCGGAUCAAGCCGAAUAAGAGGGUGGCUUGGGCGGACCAGAACCAGAAAUACAAGACCCUUUUCCGGGUCAAGGAGGUGGAGGCCUUCCAUGUGGUGGUGGAGGCAAAAGGGGGAGUGGUCUGGCGGGAGUCCAGGGAGAAUGUGAAGGUGGUGCCGGUGAUCAUUUGA